AUGAAUAAUGUCACCAGUGGUAAUAAUGAUGCUGCAGUAACUUCAAAUGAUGUAAACACUGUCAAUUCCACAGUUAACAACGCCAGUCAUGUUGACGACAAUACUAAUAACAAUAGAAGUGAUGAUUUAAAACCAUGUUUAGGAUGGAAUUUUCCAACAGAAUUCAAAGAAUCAAACUGGUUAGCCAGUAAACAAACAACAAAUUUUUAUGAUAUUCAAAAUUCAACCUCAAAAUCAAAUAAUAUAUUCAAUGAAAAUAAGCUGUACAUCUAG